UAAUUGAUUGAAUUUAAAUGGGAAGCCAAUUAUGUUGUUGAACGCCCGGCCGCCAUGUCCGCCACCACUAUGGGCUUCGCAGCACCGUGGGUUCUGAGAAAAGCAGCAAAUGCGCUCGCUCGCUCUCCCGCUCUUGGAAUCAACAGCAACCUCACUCACUACAAAACACUCCGCUCUUUUCCUCUCACUUCUCCUUUGAGUUCUCAAGCUUCAGGAAUAUGCCACUUAGCACAAGCCAUAAAGGGUGAUGAGAAAAGUGCUAUUGAUGAAGUGAAACAUAUUCUUGAAAUGGCUAGACGAGCAUCAUCACGAAGAGAAGUUGUCCAUACGAAUUUUCUUACCCCACCAGUGCUCAAGGAGUCGAUGCUAGCAUUGGAAAAAUUAGCCGACAUUAGAGCAAUUGCUCAGGGAGGAUACCCGCAGGCUGAGCGUUGCCGAAUUUCUAUCGGACAUCCCGAUGUGAUGACAAGUGAUCCAGAUGUAGUUGCAGCAUUGAGUGUCACGGGAAACUUUGGGUUUCAACCUUGUUCUCAUGGUGACUUCCUUGGUGCAACUCUUGGUAAAGGGAUUGCCAGGGAGAAGCUCGGAGAUAUUAUCUUGCAGGGAGAGAAGGGGGCUCAAAUCCUCAUUGUCCCAGAACUUGUUGACUUUAUUAUAUCGUCAUUAGACAAGGUUGGUAAUGUUCCAGUCUCUUGCACAAAGAUACCGUUGAUCUCUCUUGAUUAUGAACCACCAAGGAUUCAGCCAUUUAAAACCAUAGAAGCAUCACUAAGGCUUGACGCUCUAGCUAGUGCAGGAUUUAAGAUUUCACGAUCAAAACUUGUCGACUCGAUCAGUAAAGGAGAGGUUCGUGUGAAUUGGAAACCUAUUUCUAAAAACAACACCCCACUCAAGACUGGUGAUAUUGUCUCAGUCAGUGGAAGAGGAAGACUAAAGAUAGGAGAAACAAGGACUACACGUAAGGGAAAAUUUGAAGUAGAGCUCCUUCGAUAUCUGUAAAAUUUGGCAUGAGGUAACUCUGCAACUUUGAAUAUUAUUUUCAAGCUUUAAUGUCAAUCUUUUGGUAAGGGAAGGUUAGGGGAUGAUGAAAGGUAAAUUGUACUUGUUAAUGUUGGGUGCCAUAAUAAUAAUAAUGAAGCAAAACUGCCCUUUUUCUAAUAAAGUU